GCCCGAGGCGGGCGGCCAUGGCAGUGGGCGGGCCGGGGCGGCUCCUCCCGGCUGGCGGCGGCGAAGAUGGCAGAUUUCCUGAAGGGGCUCCCGGUGUACAACAAGAGCAACUUCAGCAGGUUCCAUGCGGAUUCCGUCUGCAAGGCUUCCAACCGCCGGCCCUCGGUGUACCUGCCCACCAGAGAAUUCCCCUCGGAGCAGAUUAUCGUGACAGAGAAGACGAACAUCCUCCUGCGCUACCUCCACCAGCAGUGGGACAAAAAGAAUGCGGCCAAGAAGCGGGACCAGGAGCAGGGGGAGCUGGAGGGGGAGAACUCGGCUCCGCCGCGGAAGAUCGCCCGGACCGGCAGCCAGGACAUGACCGAGGACACUUAAAAACCCCGGGAAUCCGGGAAUUCCCAAGGCUCUUCCCGCUUUUUGCGCCUCCCCCACCCCCGCCCCGCCCCGCCGGGAAUUCCCGGGAUCCGCCCUAUUUAUUUGGGAUUUGCCUCGUUCCCGCUUCCUGUUUUGUAUUUAUGGAAUUUCUAUGGAGAGGGAGAGUUCAUCCUUAGGGGCCCUCAGCCCCGGAAUUCCCGUUUUUCCUGGGAUUUGCUCCUGAGAUCUCAUUCCCAGAAAUCCACUUUCCCUGGGAUUACUUGGAUCUGACCCUGUGACAUCCCAGAAUUCCUUAUUCCCAAAAAUCCCCUUUUCCUGCCAUUUAUUCCCUUCCCUGAGUUCCCUUUUUCCUGGGAUUCCUUGGAUCUGCUCCUUGUGAAAUUCCAGGAUAACUUUUUUUUAUUUUUCCACCCCAAAAUUCCACUUUCUUUGGGAUCUCCUCCCUUCCCAAAAACCCCCUUUUCCCGGGAUUCCCCACAUCCCCUCCCUGUAAAAUUCCAGGAUUUUUUUUCCCUUCACUUCUCCCUGGAGAAAUUCCCAGGAAUCCUUUGGAUAUUCCCAACCCAACCACGACUGUGAGGCCUUUCCCGUUUUUCCAGAAAAUUCCCAACCCCUUCCCGGGCUCCCAUCAUGGCCGGAGCCGAUCCCUGGGAAUUUGCAUCCCGGGAUUUUUUUGGGGCUGGAUCCAGGGAUUUUUUUCCCCCUCCCUCUGGCAAAGCCACCACCGUCGAUCCUUAAAUCCCGAUUUUUUCCCCCGGGAACGGCCGGAUCCUCUCCGAGGGAUCGCUCGGAAUUCCCAGGGCACGGAGCCGGGAGCGGACUGGGAGCGGCUCCGGGCCCGGAUCCGGGAGAAUCCCGGCUGGAAUUGGGGAAUCCAGGCUGGAAUUCCGGGAAUGCGGAGCCCAUCCUCGCUGGGACUGAGACGAUUCCCAGCCAGAGCCUCGGCGUUCCUGGAGAACCUCGGCAAAGGACGAGAUUAUCCCAAAUUUCCAGCUGCUUUUCCACGGGGAGCCCCUUCCCGCGGGAAUCCCGCGCUUCGGAGCCGUCCUCCCUCCCCUGGCUGGCAAAUCCGCAGGGAUUUUUCCAGGAGAUUCCCAAAACAAAUUCCCGGCUCUGACUCUGGGAGGGUUCCUGCCGCCCCUUCUCCCGGGAAAUCCCGGAUCCGCCCUCGGAAUUCCGGGCUGGGAAGGGCCAAAAUUCCUCCAGAAGCUCGGGAGGAGCAGGACGCGGCUCCCGUCGGAAUUCCCGGAAUUUGGGACUGGAAUUCAAUCCGGAACUUUGGCUCUGCCUCCGGUUUUCCCGUUGUUUUUGGUUUUUUUUUUUUGGUUUUGUUUGGUUGGUUUUUUUAUGGAAGCGACUUCAGAAUUCCUGGAAUGCGGUGUUGGGGGGGGUGGGGGGAGGGGAAGGAGAAGCGGAAUUCCCGGGAUUUUGGUUUUAGUGGGAUUUCCAGCUGGAAAACUCCGGGAGGAGCCGGAUUUGAGGAAUCUCCGGAAGGAAUUCCGGGACUCCAGGAGAGGAGGGCGGAUCCCGGGGCUCCAGAGGCUCGGGAAUGUUGUUCAUUAAAGAGUUGGCACUUCCUGCUGGAA